GUUUUCUUCCCUCUCCUUGCAUUCAAUGAAGGCCGAUAAGGAAGAAACCUGCACAAAGCAUGAGGAGGAGGAUAUUCUCGAUAUCCCACUGGACGACGAGGAGGCUAAUGCAGCUGCCGCCAAAAUCCAGGCGAGUUUCCGUGGCCACAUGACCAGGAAGAAGCUGAAGGGGGGAGAGAAGGAAGAGGCUGAGCAGAAGGCAGAUGGCACGCCGGAGUGUGAGGGGGAUACUUCCGCAGGAGCGUCUGAAGGAGCAGGCAACUCUGGAGCAGCUGAAAAGGGAGAGGAUGAAAGCGGAGGAGAGGCGAAAGAUGAGGCAGCCGUCAAUGGGGACCAAUCAGAAUCAG